AUGGCAACCCAAUACACCUUCACCAUCCCCCUGCAUGAAACCGGCAACGAAGACAGCGCCUAUCGAAUGACCAACCUCCCCAACCAAGAACAACGACAUUAUCUCAUUCACCGCACCUACCAUCGCUCCGACCGCAUCGUCAAAGGCCGACUCCAACACGUCAUCCACGGAAGUUUUCAUCCUGAUGAUCACGUCUCCAACGCAACUCUCAUAGUCGCAAAGUUCGAAUUCCUCGGACAGACCCUCGAUCGUCGAUUCAAGCACGCACGGAUCAAAUGGGAUUUUGCUUAUGCGGACAUGGAUGAUGAUGAUGAUGAUGAUGAUGAUGAGGAUGGAGAUGGCGAUACACCCGAAGUCAAAAAAGUCUCGCUGGAUGGACAAUACAUUAUGAAUGAGUCGGUAGUCUCACUGAGUAAAGAGGUUCGUGGUGAUGCAGGGGUACAGGGUGGUGGGGUUGUUACGGCAAAUAUAGGAACUGGGUGGACGCGGUCGCAGAGUGCGGAAUUGAAAGAUCACAUCUCGAUCUUUGGGACGAGCUUGUUUACGAACCGGCUGUGUGGGGAGCCGAAUGGCGCUCAG